AUGGGAUCCUCGAAGACCACAUCUGAUAUUGCCAUUGUUGGCGCAGGAAUUGUGGGUUCCGCGCUUGCCUAUUACCUAUCCCAUUCAACAAAUAACAACAAGAAAGUGGUUCUCAUUGACCGGUCAUUUUCACAAUUAAAAGGCUCAACCGGCCAUGCUCCCGGCUUUGUUGGUCAAUUUAAUGACUCCGAGGUUCUCACACGUCUCGCCAUGGACACGGUGAGAGAAUACACAAACAUACCUGGCGGAUUUGACGUUGUCGGAGGCCUCGAGAUCGCUACUAGCUGUGAAGGUGUCGACAGACUAAGAUCUAGAUGUGAGAUGGCUAAGAGAGCUGGACUCUCCGCCCAAUUGAUAUCUUCCGGGCAGGCGGUUAGCUUGGCUCCUGAUCUAGUUAAGGAUGACAACCAGAUAGCCUUGUAUUUCCCUGGUGAUGGAGCCGCGAACGCCAUCAGAAUAACUUCAUUCUACCAGGAACAAGCACGGGCUAAGGGAGUCGAACUGAUUGAAGCAAACACUACUGAAGUCCAUCAAGUCAAUGGCCGAGUGGAGGGCGUGAUGACCACAUCGGGACUCAUAUCGGCGAGAAAGGUGAUUAUCGCUACUGGAAUUUGGGCAACCGACCUGUGCAAGUUCGACAUACCCAUUCCGAUCGUGCCUGUAGCCCAUCCAUACAUGUACGGCGAGCAUCACACGCCAAAAUUACGCAAGGCACCUUGGGUGAGAUGGCCACAGCAUCAUGUCUAUGCUCGUGAUCAUGGUGAUUUCUUUGGACUGGGCUCUUAUAAUCAUGCGCCGGUCUUCCACGAGCCAAAAGAGACUGCCAUCGGUGACUGGAUUGAGCAGUUUGAUCAAACGUUAAAUGAAGCUAUGCAUUUCAUACCCGAGGAGACAAAGCUUGUUCAGAGAGAAAGAUUCAACGGUAUCUUCUCAAUGACCCCGGACAACAUGCCAUUAGUCGGAAACAUUCCUUCAGUUGAGGGUCUAUACAUGGCAGCAGCGGUGUGGGUUACCCACGCAGCUGGGGCAGCGAAGUUCCUAACACAGAUCUUGGAGGAACAGCCCGUUGAUGAUGGCAUCAAGCGAGCAUUGGACCCUACUAGAUUCCAAGGAAGAGACAUAGCAACCUUGACACAGGAGUCUCUAAAUGGCUACAAUGACAUUUACAAGACCGAUGAGAGUGGAGCACUGAGGAUGUAA